UUCAUGGAGAAAAGAUCGGGAGACUCUGAGAUUCCUUCACCUGCAGUGGAAGAGCAGGAAUUUAGCAAAGAGAUUGAGCAACUCUUGACUCAGCUUCCCAAAGCGACCAACUGGAAUGGUCGUGAACUUUGUCAAUACCAAGGGUUUUGGUGUCAAUCUGGAUUCCUUCCUGGCAUCAUCUCCUUCCUGAAGCGUUUCCAAGCACGGGACAGUGACAUAAUAUUAGUCACAUUUCCUAAAUCGGGCACCACAUGGCUUAAAGCUCUUGCUUUUACCAUCGUUAAUCGUUCCCGUUAUGCACUACAAAAUAGUCCCUUGCUCACUACUGGUCCUCAUGAGCUAGUACCUUUCCUUGACCUUCGUCUUUAUAUGAGCAAUCAACCUCCUGUUCUUGAAGAUCUUCCUUCUCCAAGAGUUUUUGCUGCUCAUACCCCUUUUGCUUCAUUACCAAAAUCUAUUGUGAAUUCUAAUUGUCGCAUAGUUUACAUGUGUAGAAAUCCCUUGGAUCAAUUCGUAUCCCAAUGGAAAUUCUUGUUCGAAAUUGCUGUCAACCAAGGGUUAGAGCCGGUUUCACUUGAUGAAGCUUUUGAGAUGGUUUUUAAUGGAGUCCAAGCCUUUGGCCCUUUUUGGGCACAUGUGUUGGGAUACUGGAAGGCUAGCAAAGAGGAGCCACAUAGGAUAUUAUUCUUGAGAUAUGAAGAUUUAAAAGAAAAUAUCAACUUUCAUGUUAAAAGAUUGGCUGAUUUCCUGGGUGUUCCUUUCACUGAGGAUGAAGAGAGUAAAGGAGUAAUAGGAGAUAUAUCGAAAUUUUGCAGUUUUGAUAACAUGAAAGAUUUUGAGGUGAACAAGACUGGUACACUUCCUACUGGGGUUAAAAACAGUAUCUUCUUUAGGAAAGGUGAAGUGGGAGAUUGGAAAAAUCAUUUAACACCUUCCAUGUCAGAACGUUUAGAAAAGUUUUAUGAAGAACUUUCAUGCUCGGAUUUGACGUUUAAAAAAUCCUAG